AUGGAGCAGUCCCACAUGUGUGUUGUGAAGGGUGCAAAGCAGCACCUGACGUUUGGAGAGCUGGUUGAAAAAGCGGCAUCUGAUAUGACAGUCAGGGUGCGAAACAGAUCCAGAUGUAUUUCAGUUAACAAGCUAUUAAAUCAGCACCAGAUGUUUGUGGAAAGCUAUUAUUAUCAUCUCUACCACACCAAAUGUGAUUGUUACAUUGAUGCUCGCUCCAAUGAGGUAUAGACAGGAAGGCCAAUAUGGUGCAAGUUCGUGAGAAUCAAACAUAGCUGCUAGAGGCACAUUUUCAUGGUGUGUAGGCAAUAUGAGUUAUCUAUUUUAUAAGCUGUAUUAAGAGCCCAGAUUAUGGAACUCCAAAGGAAGCCUGUGUUGGCUUAAAUGUAAUAAUUCUCACAUUACUGAGUAAAGACAUGAACAAAUAAAUGGUUAAACACAUUUUUAUUAAAUGGUUAAACGAUUUUUACUAAAGAAAUCACUAAAUAUUAUGUAUCGUAUAUUUCCCUGUAGGGCUGUUUUGGAUAUCACUGGGGUAAUAUUUUUAACCAUACAGGUGCCAAAGGGAACGCAUAAUUUUUUCACUUUUUUUUUUUUUUAAAUCUAAAAAAGCAAUUGAUCAGCAAUGUACAAAAUAACCAAAUAGAUUCUACGGCAUAUUUCUAAAGUACCAGUAACAGUUGACAUAAAAGAGAAUAUAAGAACAUUUAAUGAAGUCAAAAAACACUAAUGAAAUUUAUAGAACAGGCCUGUUUUUACUGUUUAUAUCCAGAAAUGCUGAGCAGACCAAGAAAUGUUAUUAGUAAAUUCUUAUCUGGGAGUUUUCUGGCCACUAGUCAGAAGUUGAUUCCCAGCUGUAUUCUGAUUGGCUAAAAAAAUCAAACUGCCAAAAAAGAAUGCUUGUUCGAUUUCAAAAGGAACCUUUUUUUCUCAUUUCACUUCCUGGAUGAUUUCCUAAAAUCCAGGGCCUCUAGCAGACAUAACAGGCUUAACAGACAGUAAUCUGUCCCAUAACUUAGCUAUAACUAGCAGAUCUGAACGUGUAUCAAUGUGAUAUUUUAGAUCAAAUGUUAGUUAUGUUAAGGCAAUACUGAAACAUUAAAUUCUGCAAAACGUUCAGCACUGUGUUGUUGCUCAGCCUAUAUUUCAGUUUUGUGGUAGGUAUUGGUAUUCUUCUCAGACAUUUUCAGAUUCUACUUGAUCCAAAGUAAUGGCUAUUUGAAAAGAGGACUAUUUGAUUAGUGCAAUUGGUGUUAAAUGUCAGAUGACUCCAAAUGUAUCUGAUGGUGAUUUAGAUUAAAGCUGCAAAUCCAUUGUAGUGCAAAAAUUUACUAGGUCUGCACUAGGCCAUUGCUAAGCUUGCAUUCUUACAGUAUCACCUUCUUAGUUACAUUGCUAAGGAACAAACACUUUGUGGUUAUUUACUAAAGUUAGAUUUCAAGGCAAAUUCAAAUUGAAUUUCAGGGGGGCCGGGACACCAGUCUAAGCGGUGGCCAUCUUUAUGAGCUCUGACAUCAGGCCCUUGAAAUUGUAAAAUUCAAGCUUAUUUCAUUACUAAACUCAGACACCAGUUAUUAGCAUCUAAGCUUAACAAAUUACUAUGCAACCUUGUAUCUCAAGAACAAUAUAAUUCCACAAGAACAAAGGUGUUAUAUUCACACUCACACUUUGAGGAGCUAUAUCAGCUCGGUGUUAAGAGCCUGGACGGAAUAAUCCCCGUCUAUGGAUUUCUUGAGGUUCAAGACCGUUGGUGAAUUUAUAGGUGUAAAUAUUCGUUACAUGAAAAACAAGAGUAAAAUACACCACAUGGUAUAGUACGUAAAUAUAAAAUAUUGUGAAAAAAAAGUGGAUGAUCCUACUUACAUAUACUAGAGCAACGACCUGCUCUAGUUUGGAGAAUUUCAGGUGGAAUAAUCCCCACCUUGGGAUAUAGUGGACCCAGGUAUAGCAGCAAAGCAGUAUUGGAUAGGAAGGAGGACAAAAGGAGUGACUGGAUAGUUUAAAAAAUAUAUAUACUUUAAUACAAUAAGUGAAAAGUGAAUAAUAAACUAUAAAACCAGUCCUGUAUAAAAGUCCAAAAUUCUUCCUCACUUGACGCGUUUCGCCGAAGCUUUCUCAAAAGUGAAUCAUUAUUGACGAAGCGUUCACUUUUGAGAAAGCUUCGGCGAAACGCGUCAAGUGAGGAAGAAUUUUGGACUUUUAUACAGGACUGGUUUUAUAGUUUAUUAUUCACUUUUCACUUAUUGUAUUAAAGUAUAUAUAUUUUUUAAACUAUCCAGUCAUUCCUUUUGUCCUCCUUCCUAUCCAAUACUGCUUUGCUGCUAUACCUGGGUCCACUAUAUCCCAAGGUGGGGAUUAUUCCACCUGAAAUUCUCCAAACUAGAGCAGGUCGUUGCUCUAGUAUAUGUAAGUAGGAUCAUCCACUUUUUUUUUCACAAUAUUUUAUAUUUACGUACUAUACCAUGUGGUGUAUUUUACUCUUGUUUUUCAUGUAACGAAUAUUUACACCUAUAAAUUCACCAACGGUCUUGAACCUCAAGAAAUCCAUAGACGGGGAUUAUUCCGUCCAGGCUCUUAACACCGAGCUGAUAUAGCUCCUCAAAGUGUGAGUGUGAAUAUAACACCUUUGUUCUUGUGGAAUUAUAUCGUUCAUACAUACUGUACCAUUAUUUGUAUUUUUGUUUCUCUUUUUUUUAAGCUACUCUGCUGGCCAGUAUUUCUACAAAACGUAUGUACAUUUUCUGAUUUUUAGCGCUGUUCACCUUUCUAUUUUAUCUGUCCAUUUAUCACAAGGUAGAGGAACACCUUGUUGGUGAACUGCUGCUCACCCCUGAGAAGAGAGCGCUUAUUAUUCUUUUGCAUUUGAUAUCUCAAGAACAAGCCUGUUUUGUCCCCAUUGACAAGCUUUGGACAAUACAAGAUUACUCAACCUACUCAAACCGGUCUGAACUCAAAACGAUACUUUCUUAUCUAAAUUUCUAGAACUUGAUUAACUCCUUCCCGACCGUGGACAUACCUG